UAUUACUUCUCUCUCCAUCUCUUUAAGUGUGUAAUACAAGCAAGUAUUUCUCUCACAUAUUCUCUCCUUUCUCACCCAACUUCUCCUUUUUAUUAGUCUUCCCAAGAUCACACUCUCUAAAAACCCUUAAUUACUUUUUCAAACUAAUGGGGAAGCUCCAGAAAAUUGGGAGAGUAUGGGAUUGUUUUUUUCUUCCGACAAAUCAGUGUUCAUGUUUUUGUCUAAACACUCUAGGAGAUGAUGAAGAAGAAGUGUUUGAGAAGAAGCCAUUGAUAGAUUCUUCAGCAGAGAAAUCUGGGAAGGUCAUGAGAUUAAAAGAUGUUGUAGCUGCUGAUCAUCGCCAGACUCUUGCCUUUCAUCUUAAGCCUAAGAUAGUGGAGCUAAAGGUGUCAAUGCAUUGCUACGGAUGUGCGAAGAAAGUCGAGAAGCAUAUUUCUAAAUUAGACGGAGUGACAUGGUACAAAGUGGAGCUAGAGAGCAAGAAGGUGGUGGUGAAGGGGAACAUAAUGCCAGUAGAUGUGUUAGAGAGUAUUUGUAAAGUCAAGAAUGCUCAGCUUUGGUCUUCUUCUUCUUGAAUCACUCUUUCUUUUCACAUGGGCCUUUCAUGUCAAUCUACAUCUUCAUGUCAAUCUAUAUUAUUAUCAUUAUCUAAUUAUGCGUACAUACACAUGCAUGCAUCUAUCUCCUCUAAUAUCUAUCCCUCUUUUUUUUUUUGUUCCAUUCUAUUUUGUAA